CCCGGAGUCGAGCCGGCUGUGCUCGCGAUGGUCACGACCUGGCGGCCGCCGCGCCUGCGAUUAGCCACCCGGCUGCGCGUCUGGAAGGCCCGGGCCCAGGGCGCGUUUCCCUCCGCGCCGCCCGGGCUGGGAAGGCGGGGGCCAGCGCGCUCCGGGGCCGAACCGCGGGAGGAGGGCGCCUUAACACUUGCUCGCCAGGUUGGUGGAGGCGGGGCGGAUUCUCCUGGCGGCCGCGGGGCGGCGAGAGUGGGGGCUCUUUAAGCGCCCACCAACGCGGGGGCCCAAGUGGGCAGAGAGGGAGGGAACUCCGGGAGGGUCUUGCGCCGGCCGGCGAGACGCUGCCGUGCGGAGUUGCAGUGAAGGCGGCCUCGGCCGGAAUCUCGGAGCGGAGCCCUGCGGGCGUUGGGGACCCAGAGCUGCUCCCGGCGGGGGCGCACAGCUGUAAGCCCUGGAGGCAGUGGCUCCCCCAGAAAAAUACCGGCGGGGGUAGCUUCCUCACGGCCUCCGCCCGGGCUGCCCUCGGCCUCAGCUCCUUUCCUAGUGGGAGGGCGAGAGAGAAAGAGGGAGGAGAGAGGUGGGGGAGGCGGGAGUUGAAGAGAGAGGGGCUCUGAGCCAACCGCCGGCGGAUCCAGCAGCUCCUCAGGGAGGGCGGGCGGGAGCGCGGGGGCGGGCGGGCCGCUGCUAGCUCGGGAGAAGUGGCCGCCGAUGACGGCAGAGGUGCAGCCAGCCCCGCGUGCGCAGCCCCCUCCCCCUCGCCCUCCUCCCCCCCCUCGCCCUCUUCCUCCUCCUCCUCCUCCUCCUCCCGGCCCGUCCGCGGCGCAGAGCAGCGACGGCAGCGGCGGCGGCGGCAGCAGCCACCCGAUGUCUUCCGCGCCCGAGAAGCAGCAGCCACCGCACGGCGGCGGCGGUGGCGGCGGGGGAGGCGGCGCGGCCAUGGACCCCGCGUCGUCCGGCCCGUCCAAGGCCAAGAAGACGAACGCCGGCAUCCGGCGCCCGGAGAAGCCGCCCUACUCCUACAUCGCGCUCAUCGUCAUGGCCAUCCAGAGCUCGCCGACCAAGCGCCUGACGCUCAGCGAGAUCUACCAGUUCCUGCAGAGCCGCUUCCCUUUCUUCCGCGGCUCCUACCAGGGCUGGAAGAACUCCGUGCGCCACAACCUCUCGCUCAACGAGUGCUUCAUCAAGCUGCCCAAGGGCCUCGGGCGGCCCGGGAAGGGCCACUACUGGACCAUCGACCCGGCCAGCGAGUUCAUGUUCGAGGAGGGCUCCUUUCGCCGGCGGCCUCGCGGCUUCCGAAGGAAAUGCCAGGCGCUCAAGCCCAUGUACAGCAUGAUGAACGGGCUCGGCUUCAACCACCUCCCGGACACCUACGGCUUCCAGGGCUCGGCCGGCGGCCUCUCGUGCCCGCCGAACAGCCUGGCACUGGAGGGCGGCCUGGGCAUGAUGAACGGCCACUUGCCCGGCAAUGUGGACGGCAUGGCCCUGCCCAGCCACUCGGUGCCCCACCUGCCCUCCAACGGCGGCCACUCGUACAUGGGCAGCUGCGGCGGCACGGCGGCCGGCGAGUACCCGCACCACGACAGCUCGGUGCCCGCCUCCCCGCUGCUGCCCACUGGCGCCGGUGGGGUCAUGGAGCCGCACGCCGUCUACUCCGGCUCUGCAGCGGCCUGGCCGCCCUCCGCCUCUGCGGCGCUCAACAGCGGCGCCUCUUACAUCAAGCAGCAGCCCCUGUCCCCCUGUAAUCCCGCGGCCAACCCCUUGUCCGGCAGCCUCUCCACGCACUCCCUGGAGCAGCCAUAUCUGCACCAGAACAGCCACAACGCCCCAGCCGAGCUGCAAGGCAUCCCGCGGUAUCACUCCCAGUCGCCCAGCAUGUGUGACCGAAAGGAGUUUGUCUUCUCUUUCAACGCCAUGGCGUCCUCUUCCAUGCACUCUGCCGGCGGGGGCUCCUACUACCACCAGCAGGUCACCUACCAAGACAUCAAGCCUUGUGUGAUGUGAGGCUGCCUCCGCAGGCCCUCCUGGUGCAGGCAGUCAGGUCACAGGGACCCUGGACCGGCACAAGAAACUGCUUUAUUAUCGAGGUAUAACUGUCAGCAGAAGAAAAGGGUUCGACCCCUCCCCAACCGGAAUUUUUGGCAAGGAAUCCCCAACGCAAAGACAUAGUGCUGUGGUUGGCAUCUCCUUCCCCACUCCCUCAAAAAUGUUAAGAAAUGGUAGUGGUGGGUCUGAUCGGACUGCAGCCGUCGGUAAUAAAGGUUUUUGAUCCUGCUGAACGCGGCUGAGACGGUGCUGUGCUGGGGAGAGCCUUCCUCAUCCACACGGAAAUUCUGCUGAGGUCCCCCCUCCUCCCUGGCCAAGGGCAGAAGUCGGAGGAGAUUUUUAGAAGAAAGGCACACAUGUGAGACCAAUCAUUAUCAAAUACUUUUUAUUUUUGGUUAUUUAUCUUUUUAUUUUUAAUUUUUUUUUUUGGAAAGAAUGUCUUGGACUGUACAAGUCUCCCUUUAGAGCCGUCUUUAGAGGGGAGCAGGAGGGGACGGAUCUCCCUCCCCACCUCCGUAGUCUCCUCCGUGGACCACAGGUGGAUCUUUGUGUGAACAAGUUGCAUUUCGGAAGCCACUGUCCGUCUUUGUCUUUAAACAGAAAAUUGAAGGAGCCGCGAAGUGAGCGGCCGCCGGGCCUCUGCCUCUGUCCCCAUUUGUCCAUUUCCCUCUUUUUCCUUCGCUUCAGCCUCUUCUGUUAUGUUUUGUCUUGAAUUUUAUUUCCACUUUUUCAGUGGGUAUUUUUCUCUCUCCCAACCUCUACUGUAAACUUUCUGGUCCGAGAACGAGCCGAACACAGCGCGACGCAGGGACUGGGACGGCCGGUGACCGCGCGGAUUCAGGAUUGCGGGCACGCAGAAAGGUUAAGGCACUUUUUAAAACUGUAGCAAGGCUCCUGUUUAUUUAUUCUACUUUCUUUCCCUAAUAAUCGAAACACCGCAUAGGCUCCUCCGUUUAUCAGUAUUAAUGGUGUAACUUCGUUGGCAAUAUUUGCCGUGUAGAAUUUUUUUUUUAGAUAUCCAUUGUAAAUUUGAAACGAAGACAGAUCUGUGUAAAAACAAAUUUCCAUAUGUUUUAUAUAAAUAUAUAUAUAAUAUGAAGGACUACCCUUUUUUUUGGCAUUUUCGCUGCUAGAGUGCAGCAUUUGUGACACGUAUUUGAAAUUUUAAAUUUCCUUCUGCACUGUAUAAAAGGACCAUUUGAGGAUGUUUUGCCUUUUGUGUAUUUUUUCCUAAAAAAAAACAAAAAUAAAAAUGUAUAACAUUUGUA